UAAAGACACCUGCUCUCACAAACACAGGAGAGAGGCACCAGCAGCAUCUGACCAGCACAGCGAACUCCACCGACCGUUCAGCCGUCGCCGUUUUCACCUCAGUGAGCCAGCAAAAACAGGACGACACUAGACUUUUUACACAAGUACAAGUAAAAAAAAAAAGAUCGUCAAACGUAGCAGGUUUCAGAUUCUUCGACUGUUUCUCUCCGGUCAGAGACGUUAACUGAAAACCAAACCAUCAGACCAUCCACCACGCCUGAGCCACCGAGCAGACGCACCAUGAUUGAGAGUGACAGAGAGCUGUCGGCCAUGGUGCAGGAGCUGUGGGACAACGACGUCAACAGACUGAAACCUGGAAAAGACUACAGGAUCUCUCUGCAGGGCAAAGCUGGAGACAGCAUGGCCCUCAACGACAACAACGAUGGCGCAGGAUACCCUCUGUUCACAUUUGUCGACGAGAACAUCUUCAAAAAGGAGACCUUUUUAGCCUUCAUCUCCCUGCUGGACAACUAUGAGAGUGACACCGGCGAGCCAGAAAUCGUAACCCCUGAAGAGGUGGCCGAGAACCACAAGUUCCUGGACUCCAUCAUUCAGACUCCCACCAUGAAGAUAGCCCAUAAAUACCUGGUCGAGAAGCACCUCUCCCCUGAGGACCCGACAAAAUUCAAGGAGCAGCUGUACACGAUCUGGUUUGAACUCUAUGCGAGGAGGGGAUCCAGCAGGCCAGACUCCUCAGGGUUCGAACACGUGUUCGUCGGAGAGACGAGAGGAGGACGCACCGUGAUUGGCUUCCACAACUGGAUCCAGCUCUACCUGCAGGAGAAGCUGGGACACAUUGAUUACAAAGGAUACAGCGUCAACGCACAUUCGCCCCAGCCUGACGAGAACAAACACAUCCUGGCGCUACAGUUCAGCUGGAAGAACGGCAUAAAGCCCAAGGGCAGCAUCUUCAUCGGCGUCAGCCCCGAGUUCGAGUUCGCCCUCUACACCCUCUGUUUCCUCACCUCGCCCAACGAGCGUGUCAAAGUCCAGUUCAGCUUCUACGACGUGGAGAUCGUUUGCCACCACUACAACCAGAAGCACAUAGGCACCACCUACCCGGUGCUCCUCAGGUACCAGCACCCUGCGUAGACCUGACUGGAAUUCAAGUUUGCAAUAUACAGCCCACCUUUUAUCCAAACACUUAAGCUUGCACCAAAAAUGUCAUAGGUAUUGUUGUUGCCUUUUUAUUUUAGAUAAAGUUACAAUAAAACCUUACAAGACCCAAUUGCAUUUGUCUGUGUUUUUAUUGCCCAAACCGAGAGUGUAAUGAAAGAACAUGUGCUCUUAAGAAUAUGUGAUAUGUUUGAACAUGAGUUUUGACCUCAG